UUCGAUAUUUGUGGAAGAAUAUUUGAGGAAGUUUUGGAACAAAUUAUAUUAUAUAUUGGUGGCAAAAUACGGUAUACUGUGGUAACAUGCCUCGAGAAAUAAUAACCCUACAAGUUGGACAAUGUGGCAAUCAAAUUGGGAUGGAAUUCUGGAAGCAGCUUUGUGCAGAACAUGGAAUAAGGCCAGAUGGCAUUCUUGAGGAUUUUGCUACUGAUGGGACUGAUAGGAAAGAUGUCUUCUUUUACCAGGCAGAUGAUGAACACUACAUCCCAAGGGCUGUUCUUCUUGAUCUGGAACCAAGGGUGAUUGAUGCCAUCAUGUCAUCUCCAUUCUCUAAUCUGUACAAUCCUGAGAAUAUUUACACAUCACAACAUGGUGGUGGAGCAGGUAAUAACUGGGCCAGUGGAUAUUCACAAGCUGAAAAACUUCAUGAAGAAGUGUUUGAUAUUAUGGAUAGAGAAGCUGAUGGUAGUGACAGUCUUGAGGGUUUUGUGAUGUGUCAUUCAAUUGCUGGUGGCACAGGAUCUGGAAUGGGCUCUUAUCUUCUGGAAAAACUCAAUGACAGAUACCCCAAGAAGCUGAUUCAAACGUAUUCAGUAUUUCCACAGCAGGAAGAUAUCAGUGACGUGGUUGUACAGCCAUAUAAUUCUAUGUUAACCCUGAAAAGGCUAACGCAAAAUGCUGACUGUGUGGUUGUUCUUGACAACACAGCACUGAACAGAAUAGCAGCAGACAGACUUCAUAUCCCUAACCCUACAUUCUCACAAGUCAACCAACUUGUGUCGACCAUCAUGUCAACAAGCACAACCACUCUGAGAUACCCAGGUUACAUGAACAAUGAUCUAAUUGGUUUGAUUGCCUCACUAAUCCCAACUCCAAGGCUUCACUUCUUGAUGACAGGAUAUACACCACUAACAACUGACCAAAAGGUGGCUAGUGUUCGUAAAACAACAGUUCUUGAUGUGAUGAGAAGACUUCUCCAGCCCAAGAAUGUCAUGGUAUCAACACUGAGAGACAGGAAGCACAACCACUGCUACAUUUCCAUUCUUAACAUUAUCCAAGGAGAAGUUGACCCAACUCAGGUUCAUAAGAGUUUGCAAAGAAUAAGAGAGAGAAAACUUGCUGAGUUUAUUCCAUGGGGUCCAGCAAGUAUUCAGGUUGCACUUUCAAGAAAAUCACCAUAUGUCCAAACAGCUCACCGUGUCAGCGGUCUAAUGUUGGCCAAUCACACCAGUAUAUCAACAGUAUUUGAGAAAAAUUGUAAACUCUAUGAUAAACUUCGCAAAAGAGAGGCCUUUUUGGAAAAUUACAAGAAAGAAGCUAUUUUCCAGGAAAACCUCGACGAAUUGGAUGAUUCAAGAGAAGUUGUGCAGGAAUUAAUAGACGAGUAUCAGGCAGCAUGUAAAGCUGAUUAUAUUACAUGGGGAGUGCAAAAACAACAAAAACAACAAAAGGGAGCCGCCGCCUCUGAAGUGUCUCCUGUAUAACUUGGAAUUUUCCACAUGCUCCAUAUUAUCAAUGUACAUAGUGUCAGAGCAAAUAGUGUAUUGUAUAUAGUUUCUGUCGCAUUUGCUUGUAUCACGAGGUUGUUAUUCAUCGAAAGAAGACGACACGUGACCUUACCGAUGGCCUUCGGUCAAUUGGACUGGCUCAGAAAAGUGAAAGGGGACUAUUUUGAUCGAUGACAAUGUUUGAAAUUUCCAAUAGGAUAUUCGCGUAUUCAUUGAACAGAACUUAGUUAACUAUGCAGUGUUACGGUGUGGUGGAAUGGGUUCCCCUGGGCUCGUCUGGUAGCAUGCCUAGAGGUCAUUGGGAUCCAGGGCCGCAAACUUUGUCAAAUUCUUACAGUUAUUUGGUCUUUCGCAAAAAAAGGAAACUUCAGUCGAGUGAGUGUCAGAAGUGAUAAGCUAAAAUAAGGCGSAAUUAUUCGUAUUUCAUGCUAAUAUGCUAUGCGUUUUCUAUGCCACUGUGAUUUAUAAACGUCAAAUAAUGUUACAUCAUCCGCGAAGCAAGAUCAAAACGCAAAAAAUUCGUAUGAGAAUAACAGGGUUUUGUUUUCCGAACGCUGUUUACCCAAAACUCACUUCGGUCUUAGUUUCGAUCAUGUCAUCUGAGCGCUAUAUUUUUGUUUAUCAGAUGUGUAUACAUUGAUAAAAUGUAAAUACCUGUGUACCGUAUUUGGUAGUUUUGGCAAAAUAAAGUUGUUAUUAUUA